AGGAUGUGUGGUAUGACGGUGCUUUUAGAUGAUGGUGGAGGUGAUGAAGACUUUGACGUGGGUGACGGGAUCCGGAUGCUGCUGCCUCCUCCGGCUCAGUGUGACGGCGGGGUCUGGGGGGCCCGACGGGGCCACUGCGGGUGUGUGCUGUGGACGCUGCUUCUGCUGCUGUGGAACGUCCUGCUGCUGCUGAUGUGUGUGGUGCUGAUGGUCCUGAUCUUCAGCCUCAUUCUGCUGCCCACCGCCCUGCUGCUGUACGCUGGCUUCCUGUGCCAUUCACGGGUUGUGGCUUCUCAGGCUGCUCUUUGUCGCUACCUUGAUGACAACAGUUGCUCUGCCCUCAUCAUCCUGGGCUUUGUCAUGAUGUCUCCACUGGUCGUGGUUGCUGCGGCGACGUUCUGCGCUCUUCUCAGGCGGCUCCACCUACUCUUUUAUUUUCAGCCAAUCACAGAAGCUCGGUACCAAGGGCGGGGCUUGGGCAGGAGGCGGGACAGCCAUGCCUGGGUUUGACUGUCAGACACGCCCACCAUUCUCAGGUCAGCAUCCGGGGUGACCUCUAGCAACAGUAACGUCACGGCACAGCGACGGCGUUACUGUAACUCCUCUACAGAAACACAAUCAUGUAACACGUGUAACACGAUGUAUGUAAUAUAUCCCUAAAUUACCAAAAUGUAACUCUGGAAACGUUUUUCAGAGAAACGAAUUCAAUCUUUUCACAUGACUGAGAAAUUGAUGCAAUGUUCAAGAAUAAGUGUUACUGUAUAUUAAAAUUUUUAUGACUACUUUCUUUCCGCACAUGCUAGUCUGUUUGCGUGCGAUAUAUGACGAUGCCCUGUACGAAACAAUCACGCAAAUGUACAGCAUCACUACAGAAAAAUAUCUCUUUCUUCUGAAGAAAACCACGGUGUUACAGACUUACGUAGAUGAAACACAAUUUAAGUGUUACCAAACUGACGUUUCGGUGGUGUGCGAAUAAGUGUACUAGUCUAGAGAUGUGUUUACUCGCUCAUGUCGAUGUUUAUAUUGGUUGGUCAGCUG